UCGCUGCCCUCGGUACCCCUUUCAGGGGCACACAGAUGCAGAGUCUGGCCAAAAAGGUUGCAUGGAUCUUGGACCCAACCGGUUCUCACCUAGAACAAGACGGAAAGCAUCUAGAAGACAAGGUCCACGAUUUUGGCGUGCUUCGGGGGAAGCUAGCCAUACCUACAUGUUGCUUAAUUGAGUUAUAUGUUUCCAACUAUGGAAAGAAGGUUAAACUACCAGGACUGGCUGGAAGAAUGGUGGUAGAAGAGGAAUCUGCUCACAUACCCGGCUGGGCUCGGGUAUUCCUUAAAACGGAUCACUUCAAUCUCAACAAGUUCGAAGGCCCAAAUGACCGUUCCUUCUUAAGCGUCUCAGAAGAGAUACAGAAGAUGUGUAGAGAAGCGAAGAGUGUGCUUGAACGAAGAUAAAUGAUUAUCCAGGAAUCCCACUAUAUUGGCUUAUUUGGACGGAACGGGGCCUUCACCGGGCGCGAAUCUACCUUGGAGCAGCUUCUUGAGAGAAUAAUCCCCGGUACGAACAAGGACGACUGCCAGAGGACUGCUAUCGAGGGCCUUGGAGGCGUUGGCAAAACCCAGAUAGCCCUCGAGGCGGCGUAUCGUAUUCGCGAUGCCUACGACAACUGCUCUAUCUUCUGGGUACCGACCGUAGAUAUUAACAGCUUUGAGAACGCCUAUCGCCAAAUCGGUAAAGCACUCGAUGUCAAAGGGCUCGACGACGACAAGGUAGACGUCAAGCUCCUUGUGAAGGCCGCCCUCGAAGACGAGAGCGCUGGCAACUGGCUUUUAAUCAUCAAUAAUGCUGAUGAUCUUAAGUCAGUAAAAGAACUCUCUAGCUCUCUUCCGUUCAACUGGAAGGGCUCGAUCCUUUUUACGACACGAAACCACCAAGCUACGGUAGAGCUUGAUAUAGUUUGGAGAAAUAUCGUGAUCGUAGAGAAGAUGAAUAAGACCGAAGCUCUUGAGAUGCUACGGAAUGGCUUAAAUGAGAACCAGACGCAAGAUAUUAAAAGCACCGAAACCCUACUAAAACUUCUGGCGUAUCUACCCCUGGCUAUUAAGCAGGCCUGUGCAUUUAUAGCUAAAACGGGGAUAUCGACUGGAAAAUACCUUGAAUAUUGCCUAUCGAGCAACGAGAUUUUAAUUAAUUUGCUCGGCGAGGAGUUUCAGGAUCGCGGACGCUACGAGGUGACAAAGAAUCCGGUAGCGACAACUUGCUAAUUUUGUUCGAUCACAUUACGCGGGAUCAACCACUUGCAGCAAAGUACCUAAAAUUUAUAUGCUUCCUCGCAGAGAAAGACAUUCCGGAAUUUCUACUUCCCCUAAGAGAGGAUAAUCCUAAAGUAGUCGAAGCUAUCGGCACUUUAAAAGGGUAUGCAUUUAUUACCCAACGGGGCGACUCCGAGCCGUUCGAUAUCCAUCGGCUCGUUCGACUAGCUACGCGUAACUGGCUACAGGUGAAAGGCGAGUGGCAAGAAUGGACUACGUAUGUUAUAAAAUACUUAUCAAGGGUAUGCCCCUUCCCUAAGUACGAUAAUAGGGAGAUCUGGAUAAGGUAUCUACCGCAUGGGCAGUCGGUACUAGAGUUUCGAAAGGACUGUUCUAAUAAGAUAUCUGAAGGAAUUCUUCUA